GUAAUAUGGCUGCAGGAUGGUGUGCCCCUGAACUCCUUGGCUGAUGAGCUGGCACUUACACCUUCAUUGCUUCAAGUAAGAGGUCUGAAUAAAUCAUCCUUAUUUUCCUGUGAAGCGCAUAAUAGAAAGGGUGUGACCACAUCCAGGACUGCAACAAUUAAAGUUCUACCAAGGAAACCAGUGGACCUACAACUGGUGACACGGAGUACAACAGAAUUGGAGAUAUCUUGGCUUCCUGGAGAGAGUGGAGCCCACCAGGUGUACGUGUGUACUGUGCAGGCUACUACACCUCACAAAAAUCUUGGUCUAGUGCCCCAUCACAAGAUCUAUAACCAGAACAUAAAUGUACCCCCUUAUAGCCAUGUGAUCAGCGGCCUGGCUCCCUACACAAUAUAUGAUGUCCGCGUGGCCUGUCUGAACAGUGAAGGGGUGUCCCACUGGACAGAAUGGGUUGCUAUGGAAACUAUGGAAGGAGUUCCAUCUGGUCCACCUGAAAAUGUCACAGCAAUAAAGAAUGACACUGUUACCCUUGUGACGUGGAGGGAGCCGAGACCACCACUGAAUGGUGUAUUGAGAGGGUACAAGCUGGCAUACCAAUCCAAGGACCAACCAGAGGUUGUGAUGGAUGCUGGGCUUAACAGUGAGGUGAUCUUGGAGAUUGUAUAUCCAGUCCACAAUCUGACAGUGAGGGUUUCUGCCUACACAGUUGCUGGUGAUGGCCCAUGGAGUGAUCCUGUUAUUGCCACUUUCAAAAAUGAUGAUUCUUAUUCUCCUCAAGUCAGAGAUAUGGCAUCCUCUCUUUUCUCCUGG